AGCAAAGUCCAACGCGACGUGUCCGAGUUAGUGCGAGAGGCUCUCGCCGUGUCGUGAGAUGGUACGUCCAAUGGGUUCUAACUUCUACGAAAGAUUAGGUGACCUUGUGAAAACACUGCGAGGCACCGAAAUUUCGAGUUUGCGUCCUGGAACUUGCAGUCAUACAUCUCCAAAUACAAUCCACUCUGAGUUGAAUCACGGGUUCGGCCUCAGCUUCCCUGUCGCGUAUCACGACAUUGAAACAGACGGCGCGGUUCAACCUAUCUCCUGGACCGAAGAGAGCCACGGCGAUGGUUUGCGCGAAGUCACCGAAAGACCGAGGGACAUAUGUGCUCAGGUGGAUCUCAAGGAGGUUCUUAAAUACGUUGAAAAAUAUGUGGCAUCCGGAGAUCACUUCUAUCUAUUCAUGAGCGACUUCUUCCAUGACAAGAAAUCCGCAGCCCGAUAUCAAACUCUAAACAGGGCCUUCUACUACCGCGCCCGGUCACCCCUUAUCGACAAAAGCCUGAAAGCCUUGAUAAGCUAUUGUCUGUUCUUCCAGGUCCUUGGAAUAGGACAAACCGCCGGUGCGGUUCGGACGGAGCAGCGCCGCUUCGGCCUCCCAGCAGUGGCACCACCUUCAGCAGCGGAAGCUACUCGAAGAGCGCUCGCGAUUUCAUGCCAGGGUUGGCUUUACGACAUCGAAAAAUGCUUUGACGAACGGAGAGAACACAUCCAAUGGGUUUACGCAAUUGUGUGUAGGAUUUUGGCGGUCUUUAUGGAGUGUCGCCGAUUCGAUGUACUGAAGUUCCAAGAAGACUCCGAAAUCAUUCCCCAGAUUGAUCGGGUGAUGCUGAAACUGAUGAAGGUUACCUUUGGGGAUCAAAUUGCUCGCGGUGCCUUCGCACA